GCGCUGCUCCAAGCGGCUCUGGAGGCGGCUUCGCCGCCGGUGUCCUUUUCUGCGGGGCAGAGGGGCCCCAAUGGGCACCAGCCGCUGGCGCCGCGGCUGCAGGCGCUGCUCGAGGCGGCGCUGGAGGCGGCUUCGCGGCCGGUGCCCUGUUCUGCGCGGCUGAGGGGCCCCAAUGGGCACCGGCCGCUGGCGCCGCGGCUGCAGGCGCUGCUCGAGGCGGCGCUGGAGGCGGCUUCGCUGCUGGUGCCUUUUUCGGUGCGGCUGAAGGGCCCCCAAGCGCACCGGGCUCCGGCGCCGCGGAUGCAGGCGCUGCUCGAGGCGGAGUUGGCGGCGCUUCGGCGAGCGGCGUUGGAGGCGCCCGCGCCGCUGUUGCAGGCGCUGCUCCAAGCGGCGCUGGAGGCGGCAUCGCUGGCGUGGGCGCCGCCGAGGCCGCUGAUCCAUUCGGCGUUGCCGCGGGGCGUCGAGGGCUACCAGACUCCACUCAAGCUGGAGGAGCUGAUCGGAGAGCGGCGGCCGCCCAAGUCCGAUUUCUUGGCGAUUGCCAGCGUCGAUGGCGAUACGUGGGGCGACGCCCGCUCGGUGCUUGAAUGGUCAGCGGCCCAGGGCCAGCGGUUCGACAUAGUCUUCAUCCGGGAGACCAGGUUCUUCGACGCCAGGCAGUGGUGCCUUGGCCAAGCUCUCCACUUGGCCAGUGGCACUCCCCGCCGCACUGGCGCAGACCGCAUGGCGGUCUCCAGCGGCGUUGCCCUGGCCAUUGGGUCGCACAUGGGCGAGAACCUGGACAUCCUGGCCGCGUUGGCUGAGGUUCUCGGCCAGUUCCCCGAUCCGUACGUCGUCGGUGCAGAUUGGAACGCGGCCCCCGAGGAUUUGGCGACCCUGUCGUUGGUGGACGAAGUCGGGGGCAUCAUCGGGCAGCCAGGGGCCCCUACCUGCGGGGAAAGCGAGUAUCAUGUCUUCGUCUGCUCGCGGGCCCUGGCCCGCAGCGUGGAGGCUGCCGUGGCUCAUGCUGGCACUCCCGCGGGCUCGCGCGUGCAAGCUGCUGAAGCUGACAGCGGGGCCUGCCGCGCCGAGCAGCCCGCUGACGAAUGGGGCUGGGGGCGCGCCGAGCUGCUGCAGCCGCUCGGCAACUUGGAGGUCGCCUGCGGCCGCUGGGUCGGCCUGGCGGAGCAGCACUUGAUCCGCGUCCGCGGCAUCGAG